UUUAUUUCAGCCAGCUUGGACUCGUUGGCUUCGGGAUAGGCCGUAAAAACCACCCAACAAGGCGUUGUGGGGGAAAUACCGAGCCGAACCGAGACUAAAUAAAGCUUUAGUUCAGUUUUAGGUGGAGAUAGAUUCUCAGAAAUGAGGGGAAGUCGACGGAAGUGGAAAAGGUUUCGCAUUUUAACGGUUUAAUUUGGUGGCUGACGUCGAUCGGAGCGUAAUGAGCAGAGUUAGAGAAAGAAGGAGCUGAGCAGCUUUUUUUCCUCCCUUCCUCUGCUGAUCAGACAACUUGGACCGGACUGAACUGCGCAGUGAUCCGGGAACAAACUAUGGACAGGAAGCUCUGAAGUUCCAGCGGCCGGGGCCUGAGGCUCGGAGGAGGCUUCAGGAGGUCCAUGCCCGACCCCCACAGCUGAGGACCGAGCAGGAUGACUCACCACCAGGGGGGCCCCCCAAACAACAAAUGAAGAGACGUAAGGAUGGGGGCCAAUGGAUCCAGUUAUCCACACUCCUGCUCCCCGCGCAUCGGAGGAAACACACAGACGCAGCAGACCUUUAUAGGAACGUCUUCGUACUCCCAACAGGGUUAUGGCUGGGAGUCCAAGCUGUACAGCCUGGAGCACGGCCAUGAGCGACCAGCGGACAGGAAGAAGAAGAGCCUGGGUCUGGCGACGCUCAAACGGCGGUUCAUCAAAAGGAGGAAGUCCAGCCGCUCAGCGGACCACGCCCGGCAGAUGCGGGAGCUCCUGUCUGGUUGGGAUGUCCGCGACACCAACGCCCUGGCGGAGGAGUACGAGGGAACCGCCGCCCUCAAGGAGCUGAGCUUCCAGGCCAGCCUGGCCCGUGCCGAGGCCCCCAGCCUGCAGCGCGACCUGGCCGCGCUCUAUCAGCACAAGUACUGCACUGACGUGGAUCUCAUCUUCCAGGGAACCUGCUUCCCGGCUCACCGCGCCAUCCUGGCCGCCCGCUGCCCCUUCUUCAAGACCCUGCUGUCCUCUUCUCCUGGUUACGGCGCCGAGGUCCUCAUGGACGUCGACACGGCCGGCAUCGACGUGCCCAUGUUCUCUGCUCUGCUUCAUUACCUGUACACGGGGGAGUUCGGGGUGGGCGGAGCCGAGGACAGCCGGCUGCAGAACGUGGACGUGUUGGUUCAGCUCAGCGAGGAGUUCGGUACGCCCAACUCCCUGGAAGCAGACAUGAAGGGCUUGUUUGACUACAUGUGCUACUACGACGCUCUGCUCAGCUUCUCCUCUGACUCGGAGAUGAUCGACGGCUCUAACGAGAGAGGGGCAGUCGCCGCGGUGCCGACGGGCGGCUUAGGAAGCAGUGGCGGCGGCGGGGCGACUCCAGAGGAGGACCUCAGGGCCCACAAGGCCAUCCUCUCUGCGCGCUCGCCGUUCUUCAGGAACCUUUUGCAGAGGCGCAUUCGCACAGGGGAGGAAAUGACGGAGCGCACGCUGCAGACGCCCACCAGGAUAGUUUUGGACGAGUCCAUCAUCCCACGGAAAUACGUGCAGGUUAUCCUGCACUGCAUGUACACGGACGUGGUUGACCUGGGGCUGGUGCUGCGCGGCAGCCCGUCGUCUUGCAGUUUGGGCGAGGUGCAGGCCCUCGUUUCAGGGUGCAGGGGGGCGAGCACGCGCACGGAGGAGGCCAUGGAGCUCUACCACAUCGCACUGUUUCUGGAGUUCAGCAUGCUUGCUCAAGGUAGGAAACCAUCUGCACAUGGACACGGCGAAAGUAACCAGAGAUCUGUGUGAGGCUGGAGUGAUUAAUCGUGAUUAAUCAUAAAUUU